UUAAAAAAAAAUUUUCAAAUUUUUUUUUAUAAUGAAAUUCUUUUCAAAAAAUGAUUCAAUUUCUCGUUCACGACUUUUAAAAUAUGCAGUAUAUGUUUGUAUUUUUACUAUUUUGUGGAAUAUAGCUGAAGGAGCAGUUUCAAUAUUUUAUGGUAGUGAGGAUGAUUCAGUUAGUUUGGUAUUUUUUGGUGUGGAUUCAUUUAUUGAAGUAACAUCCGCAUGUUUAGUAUUAUGGAGAUUUUUAACUGAAUCAAAACCUGAUGAAGAAAGAGCAACUCAAAUUUUAGAAGAAAAUUUAAGUAAAGAAAAAAAAUGUACUAUGGGAAUUGGUUUAUUAUUCAUUUUAUUAUCUUUGGCUACAAUUUCAGAUGCAACUGUUUCUUUAAUACAAAAAAGACAACCUGAAACUGCUAUAGCAGGUUUAAUUAUUUCAAGUAUUUCAUUAUCAUUUAUGGGUUUUCUUUGGUUAAGUAAAAAAUAUCUUGCUAAAAUGUUAAAUUCUUCUACAAUGGCAUCUGAAGCUCAAUGUUCUUUAGCUUGUAUUAAAAUUACCUUCAUAUUAUUUUUAGGAAGUUUACUUUAUAUGAUAUGGAAAGGUGGUUGGUGGUUAGAUUCUGCUGCUGCUAUUAUUCUUGGUGUUUUAUUCGCUAAAGAAGGUGUAGAUAUGAUUUUAUGGGCUAGAAGUAAAGAUUUUAAUGGAGGUUGUUGUAAACAUUGUGAAAAUGAUGAUGAUGAUACAAAGACUGAAAAGAAAAAUUUUAAUUUUAUUAAAUUAAGUUUUAGUAAAUUUACAAAUUCUUCUACAAAGAGAAAUAUUUCAAUUAAUCAAGAAGAUAUUCAAAAAGAAAAGAAUCUUGAUUGUUGUUCUAAUAAUGAAAUCUUUAAUGAAAAAAGUGAGAAAUGUUGUGAAGGGAAGAAACAAAAUACUUGUUGUGAUAAAGAAUUAGAAAAAAAUGAGAAAGAAAAUGAUGAUACGAAGAAAAAUACUUGUUGCGAUAAAGAAUUAAAGGAUUCAAUUGAAGUUAAUGUUAAAGAUUCAAAUGACAAAGAAUUGAAUGUAGAAAUUAUUAGUAAACCGGAGGAUGCUGCAUCUCAAGAUAAGAUUGAAGUGGUAAAAACCGAAGAAAAAGGGUCAAAUUGUGCAUGUUGCCAUUAAAACGAUUCAUAUACAUAAUGUGAUGUAGGUUAAGUCAUGAAAGCGCAGUUGUAACACAAGCUAUAAAUAAAUAUAAUAUUUAAUUGGCUAGUCUUUUCCAAUUUAUUUAGCCAAUUUACGACAUUUUCACAUGUAUCACAAUUAAAAGUUACACGAUAUUGUACAUUGUAAAAAU